CAACACAACACAACCCUCCCAAGGGAACAUUAAAACCCUUCUUUUCCCUCUUCAUCUUCUUCCAAAUUCUAUUUGCUUCAACUCAUAACGUGGUCGUUUGAAGAGUUUCAAUCUACAUUUCUCACCGUCAUGAUUAUGAAGAUGACUUUCAUAAACAAGCUUGAAAGACAAGAGAGUGGAACUGAAAUAUGACAUUCUCUACCCUGUGAUUGCAUGAGACAGAUGGCACACGUCUAUGGAGCAAGAUUUAUGUAGUAAAGGACGUUUAGGUCUUUCCAUAUAAUAGUUUGGCCCCGCAGGCCCGUCUGAAAUUAAAGAACUUAUUGCAAUGGAUCCUGGCUUGGCUAAUAAUUCUUCAUCGCCUCGUCCCAGAUGGAGAAAAGUAGCAUAUGGUGGUAUGCAACCUGGUUAUGAUGACAAUCAUACAGAUGAAUCUUUCCUUGAAGGAAUGGUGAUGAAUGCCAGUGUUGUAAAAAGGGACAUGCUAAAGGUGAUGCUGGACUCAGUAUCCAUUUCUGAAUAUUUAUGCAUUGUUGCUCUUGUUGUCUUGGUCUGGACUUGUACACUUACAUCAACUAUUGAUGAAAAUUCUCUCCUGUUGAUUGAUGUAAGUCUGCUUGUUUCAGGCUUUUUAAUUCUCCUUUUCACUCAAGAAAUGCUUUCCCUUAGUCUCCUUCUCCAUUAUGUCCUUAAUAUCUCCUUUUUCAUAACCGUGUUAUAUGUUUUGGCUCCCAUCUAUCAAACUCUUACAAGGUCCAUUAGUUCGGAUUCCAUUUGGGCAGUAGCUGCAUCACUUCUAGUACUUCACCUUUUUCUGCAUGACUAUUCAGAAUCCACGGUCAAAGCCCCGGGGGUUCUUAAGAAUCCUGCAUUGACCAGUUGUAUCUCUGUAAAUGCUUCUGUAGUAGCCUCUGUUUUCAUGGCUUCUCGACUUCCAUCAAGACUACAUGUGUUCGCUAUCAUGUUAUUCUCCCUUCAGGUUUUCCUUUUUGCUCCACUUGUUACUUACUGUAUUAAAAAAUAUUCCUUCCGCAUGCACCUAUGCUUUUCUCUCAGUUUGAUGGUCAUGACCUUAAGUUUUGUGUACAUGCUGCAUCGCCUCCUUUUUGUGGUGCUGCUUAGUCUGUUGGUUUUUGUGAACGUGGUCUGUCCUUAUUGGCUUAUAAGGAUUCAGGAGUACAAGUUUGAGAUCAAUGGACCUUGGGAUGAGGCUAAACUUUGUUUUGACAUUACCGACUGAAACCUGGAUCAUGGUUAAUGUUACAUUGUAGGACCUCGUGUGUUGUUUAGGUUGGAGUAUAAUUUGCUGACCCCUUGAACUAGUUUUAAGUUAAUAGUUUAUGGGAAAAUUGUUGCAGUUCGUGUCGGGGGAGGGUUGGAAAAUGAUGAUUGUAUUCAUGCUUUAGUGAUUAAUGAUGGUUUAAAAUUCUGUGUACAAUGGAAGUACAUUGACAAUUUGGAGUUUCAUUCGUUUUUUACA